AUCUACUUGCCAGCGUGUAAAUAUACGGUAGGCCUAAAUAACUGAAAAUGGCCCAAGCGUCAUCUGCUAGCGAAAUCAAAACAAUGAACUCAUCUAUCACUGAAUCUCUUGAACAAGAAAAUAAAGCACCUAGUCCGACAGCGAAUGUUACGGUGCCUGCCCAUUCACUAGAACAGAACUUCAACCAGUAUUUCAUGAAUCCAAUGCUAGCUGAAAUGGAGAAAAAUGUUCGAACAAAUACCGAAAUUCUAGACAGAAUAAAUCAACAGAUGGAGAAUGAGCGGAAAGACAGACUUCGUAAAACUAUGACAGCACAUAUUCCAGAAGCCUUAAAAGGCAGUGGACAGAAGAUAGAAAUUAUAAUGCAGACAGUAGAAGAAUUAAUUACAUAUGAUGAUAUCGGGGAUGAAGUAGCUGAUGAAAAAAGAGAGAGAUGUGCAAAGAUUCAACAUUUAGACAAACAUGGUCAGGCCUCAGUACUAGCGCACAGUAUUGUAGCUUACAUUUCCACACUAGAUGAAGAACAUUUAAAAAAGUUUACCGCCAAGAUAACAUCUGACUGUGAACUUUGGCUAUCCAGAUUGUUCAGAUUUACUGAUUCAUCAGUGAUAUAUCAUGAAGAAGAUAGAGACGGUUUAGUAAAGGUAUGUCGUCUGGCUAUGUAUCAGAAGUUUCCUAAAUAUGCCACAGAAGGUUAUGAUGCUUUAUAUUCUCGUCCACCUGUUAUAUAUAUAAGUGCUGCAGCUAAAUCUGGUUUAGGACAUCAUCUAUGUUUACAGCUUGGUUUACCAUUUUCUUGUAUAUGUACAGUACCAUGUAACACUAUGUUUGGAGGUGUCAGUAAAAUGGAUGUUUCAAUGUUAGAAAAGCUCAUUCAAGAUGAUAUUUCAGCAGCUAAAAAGCCAACCUUAGUUAUAGGCUAUGCAGGUACACCUCAAGUAGGACAAGUGGAUAACCUACAACGUUUACAAGAAAUAUGUAAAACAAAUUCUAUCUGGCUACAUGUAGAAGGAAACAACCUAGCCACAUUAAUGAUGUUUUCAGUGCCCUCAUCUGUUCAAUCCGCAAAAUCAGGAGACAGUAUGACAGUAGAUUUAAGCCGUUGGUUGGGUAUUCCAGCUCUACCAUUUGCUACACUUUAUAAAACACCUGAUCCAACAUUAGCUCUAGCAGCUGGAUUAAAUACCUUUAAUCCCAGAUUAAAAUUAAGUUGUCUUUCUAUCUGGAUAUGCCUACAAAGUUUAGGCCAUGAUGGUAUUAUUAGUAAGAUUAAAGCUUCAACUCAUCUAGCUAAAAAAAUGUUUGAACAUAUAGAUAAGUUAACAGCAAUUAAACAAAUUAGUCGUGAACAAAAAGAUAAACAGAAAGAUGUCACAUCAUUAGGAGAUAUUUUCUCUAGAGCUAUAAAUGCAUUGCUAGUGUUUGAAAUUGUUACACCCACUGUAGUGUUUAGAUAUGCAGAAGAUGCAAGUGGUCCAGGAUCAAUUGUAGCAUCUUAUUCAAGUAGUGGUAAUAAAGAAUAUCAGCAAACAGAUGAUAAUUCUACUUAUUAUAAUGCCUUAAAUACAUGGCUUGUAGACACAUUACAGUGUAGUGUACCACAGGUUCCAGUUACUGCUGUAGAUAUUAAUAAAGAAGGUGUUUGUGUCAGAUAUUCACCUUUAGAAACAGCUCAGUUUUCAGGUACAACAGAGGAAGAUAUACAGACAUUUGCUGAUUGUUUAACUGAAAAUCUGGCUGUUUUAGAUGCCACAGUAGCUCAGCGACAUAGAUUCCGGUCAAUUGUUGAAAAUACUAAUAAUCUAGUACCUGUUAAUCUUCCUACCUGGGCUGGAUUAGGUGCUAUUAGAUAUAUACCUGAUCAUUGGUUAAAUCAAACACCAACGGAACAAGGUAAAAUAGAUAUUAGCAAUAUCAAUGGUGAACUAGUUCAUAAACUAAAGUCAAUGGAUACAGCUUUCUCUACUGGUCAUUGUUCAGAUGAUGAGAUUUGUGUAAGGUUUGGUUUAAUAACUGUUAAUACAGAUGUAGAGGAACUUGUAGCUCUAGUUCAUACUACAGGUAAACAGAUUGAAGAGUCCUCUAAAUAUUUGGAGUCAAUGUCUGAGAUUAUCAAGAAGAAUAUUGAUGUAGCAAAUCAAGAAUUACAUAAGGAAUCAGUAGACAAGUUGAUGCAGGAGGGUGUGAUGAGACAAGUACCAAUUGUCGGAUCUCUGAUUAACUGGUUCUCUCCCCCAAAAGAUCCAACUAAAGGUCGCACCUUUAAUCUUAAUUCAGGAACUAUUGAAAGCACAGAAACAAUAUAUAGAUAUCAUAUGCAAAUACAACCAAGUCCAUCAGAAUCUAACACAUCUACUACAGAACAUAGUAAAUCUGCUGGUGAAGUUAAAGCUGGUAUUAUAAACCAAACUACCACAAGCAACAAGUUAGAAAAGCAAACAGUAUCAAGUGUUGAAGAUAAAACUGGGAUAGAAGAAGAUGAAACUGUGGAAGAGAAAGAACCUGUGAUAUCUGAAAUACAGGGCAAAGUACCAGUUCAACAAUAAAUACUGAAGAUGUAAGAUAUUCUAAAAUUGUCAUUUAUUGGAUGAAAUUCGGAACAUUCCUGUAAAAUAUUGCACUACAUUAAUCAUUAUAAUAAUAUGUAUAAUAAACAAGCCACUGUCAUGGGUCAAUAUUAUUGGGGAACUUCACAAAUAAAAUAAGAAAAAAUUGUUCAUUGUCAUGUGUCUAAAACAUCAUAGUUUUUAUAAGCCCACAUUUUCAUGUGGAUGUAUUAUGCCAUCGCCCCUGUCCGUCCGUUUUGUGAACAGUAUACAGGUCACAAUUUUUAUCCGAUUUUGACGAAACUUGAAAUAUAGGUCUAUCUCCUAAAGAUCUUGGUUCCUUUCGAUAUUGGCAUGUAUCGAUCCAUAAAUUCAUGGAUUAUGGUCCCUGAUUGUGGACAUUCUAGAGUCAGAAUUUUCGACUGAUUUUGAUGAAACUUGAAAUGCAUACAUGUUUAUAACCCAAAGAUCUUGGUUCCUGCGAAAAAUCUUGUUUUUAGCUUGUGGUCCCUCUAGAGGUCACAAUUAUUCUCCGAACCAAAACUGCCAGACAAAAUGGCCAUAAUUUUGAUCCGAUUUUGAUGAAACUUGAAAUACAUGUUUAUAACCCAAAGAUCUUGGUUCCUUUCGAUAUUGCACAUAUCAGAUUGUAACUUCCUGAAUUAUGGCCCUUGAUUGUAAGACAAAUUGCGUUUUUAGCUUGUGGACCCUCUAGAAAUCACAAUUUUUAUCCGAUUUUAAAAAAACAAAAAACGUGUGAAUAUAUCACCGUUAAACCCUGAUGAUGGUUGAGUUCGAAAAUAAUAUAAAAAUAUAGUAUAUCAAGGUUGUGGACAUUCUAGAGGUCACAAUUUUUAUCCGAUUUUGAUGAAACUUUAAAUUUAUGUUUAUAUCACAAAGAUCUUGGUUCCUUUUGAUAAUUGCGCAUGGAACUUAAAAUAUAUGUUUAUGUCCCGAAGAUCUUGGUUCCUUUCACUAUUUGCACAUAUCGGACCGUAACUUCCUGGAUUAAGACCCCUGAUUGUACGAAAAAUCAAGUUUUUUAGUUUGUGGAUUCUCUAGAGGUCACAAUUUUUUUAUCCAAUUUUAAAAACUGUUAAAUAUAUCACCAUUCCACCAUAAUGAAGGUUAAAUUUGAAUGUCGGGAAAAUCAAAACGAGACUUCCCGACAAAAUGGCCGCUCUUUGUAUGCAAAUUGUUUAAAAGUAUGUAAUACAAAGGUUGUGGACCCUCUUAGAGGUCACAAUUUUUAAUCCAUUUUGAUGAAACGAAAAAUAUAUCUUUAUAUUACAAAGAUCUCAGUCCCUUUCAAUAUUUGUGCAUUUCAGACCAUAACUUUCUGGAUUAUGGCCCCUGAUUGUACGAAAAAUCCCUUUUGUUUUUAGCUUGUUCUCUAUCCAUCUCUUGCAAAAUGUGGGCGUGUCUGGCCUGGCAACCGCUGGUUCAUUAAUUUUGGAGAAACAAGAGAUUAGAAUGAAAAACAAAAAUAAGGUUUACAACAUCUGAAGCAUUUCUAAAGUGUAUUGGUCCAAAUUUACUCUGAGACGUAGGAGUAUUGGGAUGGGGGUAAAUUUCGAUUUAGACAAGAUAAGAAUCUUAAUUGUGAGAAGGUGUAAUUGAGUAACAAAUUUCAUCCACCACUCAAUAUUCCUCUUGUACUGUUUCAGAACUGUAUAACUAUAACAAAUAUUUUGUUUCAGACCUGUAUAACUAUAACAAAUAUUUUUAACUUUUGAAAGUGUCAGACAACUGUAGGCUAUAGGUGACCUAGCUUGUUACUCCAUCAUUAGACCCCCAUCUGUCAUAAUGUAGGUCUUCAAUUCCACCUUGCUUCUAGAGAUUAGAACUAUGGAAUAAUGAUUAUACAGAUUCUUCUUCAUCCAAUCAAUAAAGUAUUUAGUUAUUCAUUCAUUUAGUUAUAUAUAUACCAAGUAUACAUAAUAUUAACCUUUCAAUACUGAUUAGAUGUUAAUUCUUUUAAUUAUAUACUUUUAUGUCUUGAGAAGAAAUCCUUCAUUAAACCAUUGAUACACUGUAUAUUCCUUAGGAUCUUAUAGGUUUCCUAAUUGUCUAACCUUGCAAUCCAGCCUUAUCUUAGAUGUUUUGGUGUAAGAAAACAUUUUUUUGUUAAAAAGUACAAGACAAGGGUGAUUUUUCACUAUUGGUAGAAGAUAUUUUGUUAUAGUUUUGUAUUUAAUAUAGCUAUGCAAACAUUAAAGCUAUUUGUAUUUCACUGCUUAAACUGUCAAUUUGUCAUCAAUGGUAUUUUAUUUCUCUGUAAAUGAAAUAUACAGUCACAUGAAACCUUUCAGCAUAUAUUAUUAAGUAAGAAGUACAGCUUUAAAACAGCCGAGAUAUUUUACCCUAUUUGCCAAUGGGACAUUUAUAAAACGGAACAAAAAAACUACGCAUAAUAUGGCACAAUUCUUAUCAAGUUUGAAUUAAGCAGGGACUGGUGAGGAUUAUGCAUUUAGAUCAACUGUGGGGUAAAUUUUAUGAAAAUCAGAUAAUUAAUAUUAAUUAAACAUAUUUUAUUAUUAUUUUUAUACACCCCCAUAUUGUCGUAUUACAUGUGUCCGUGAUACUUUACAUUAGUUGUUAGCAACAUAUGAAAUACACCUCCAAUUUUGAGACUGUUUUUAUACGCCCACAUUGAAAUGUGGUCGUAUAUUGUCGUCGCCCCCGGCAGUCCGGCGUCCACAAGGCUCUAGAGGCUAAAGUUAAUAUCCGAUUGACUUUAAAUUUAUACAUAGUGUUUAAGGUCAUGAGAGGAAGAAGCCUAUUGAUUUUCAGCCAUUUCCGAUAAUUACUGCCAGAGUUAUGGCCCUUGAUCACCUCAAAAAAUCUUGUGGAUGCUCUAGAGGUCAAAGUUAAUUUCCAAUUAACUUUAAAUUUGUACACAGUGUUUAAGGUCAUGAGACAAAGAAUCAUAUUGAUUUUCAGCGAUUUCCGAUAAUUACUGCCAAAGUUAUGGCCCUUAUCACUUUGAAAAAUCUUGUGGACGCUCUAGAGGCUAAAGUUAAUAUCCGAUUGACUUUAAAUUUAUACACAAUGUUUAAGGUCAUAAGACAAAGAAGCCUGUUGAUUUUCAACGAUUUCCUAUAAUUACUGCCAAACUUAUGGCCCUUGAUCACUUUAAAAAAACUUGUGACACCCUAGAGGCUAAAGUUAUCAUCCGAUUGACUUCAGAUUGAUAAUAACUUCAUGAGUAGUUACUCUUAAUCAGAUUUAAGUGUAUUAUAAAUGUUUCAUUACCAAAAAAAAGUAAAAAAUAUGCAACAACACUUGUUGACUGCCCGGGCGAUUUAGCUGCUGUGGACGUAUGUUUCGUUGCCUGGCAACCUAUCUUUUUAUUAGUUUUAUGCACCAUUAUAUCAUUGGCAAUGAAAUUGACGCCCAGGAUUUUUCAGCAAGUUAUAAGAUUCAGAGUAGCAAUUCUAUUUUAUGCUGUGCCUUGUAAAAGACGUGCGGUUUAUAAACACCCGACUUUGUCAAAACUUGGUAGGCUAGUUCAACUAUAAUUAUGAGAAAACAUAUCGAAAUUCAAAAGUGGGACAUAACCUUCUAAAACUAUUAAAAGUUCUACAGUUCGGAAUUUUAAAAAUUUAAACUUGUUGGGCUAGUCACACGCAAGAAUCUAUCAUAUAUGAGUGUAGUAUUGGUACAUUUCGGAAAUUAAUAGCUAGAAUAAUUUCCUGGAAAUAUUCCCUCACAAAAGUAGUCAUAUAGUUAUUUCCCAAUGGUUGAUAUACCUAAAUUGCUGAAAGUAUUUAGUUACUAUGUACUGCUGAUAUACUUUCACUAAAUUAUCAAUCAGGAAUAGUUGAUAACUGUACAGGAGAGAUUUUUUCAAUGAUAAAUAAGGUUGGAUCUUGAUACCGAAACCUUAUGCGUGCUGAUUAAAGUGUUGGUGGGCAUACGUCACCUGGCAUGGCAAGCUAUUCUAUUUCUUAAUCUUCUUGCAAUUAGAAAGGCGUCUAGAUCGUGACUGUAUAUAGAUAAGUUUAUAUUUAUUCCGCGGCUGUUUCUGUUGGUUAUUGUGUGUGCUAAGCACUGGGAUAUAUUUAUUCUUAGAAAUGUGAUAAGAAAUUUUAGUAUGUUUAUAUUAUUAUUGAGUUUUUUAUUGUUGAUUAUUUAUUUUUUGUAAACACCAUGGGGGGAAUAAUAUAUUAAAUAAGCCUUUUUGUUUUAUAAAGUUGUGGGUAUGAAACUAAUGGGCUAACAAACUUGUGGAAAAAUUAAUAAUAAAAAGAAGAGGUUUA